AUGGAACCAAAAACUACUGUGACUUUUGAUGAUGCUAAAGUCAAUGAGCCAAAGCAGGAUUUCAUGGAAGUAGUGGAGGUCCUGAAGAAAUCAAAGAGAUUUACUGCAGUUGGUGCAUGUAGAAACUGGAAUGACUUCUUGCUAAGGAAAUUGCUGGGGAAGCAGGUUCAUGAUCUCUUCAAGAAGGCCAAGGAGAAAGCUCCUUGCAUUAUAUUUGUGAAUGAUAAAAUUGGUGUUACAGAAAUGAAACCAAAAGGUUUAAUUGGAUAUCAAGACUAUACAAAUAGGAAUUCAGUGGGUACAAAGAUUAGCAAAUGGCUUGGCUGCUGGUUUAGCGAAGCAAGGGAUUACUAG